UCACAUGUUAUGUGAUUCGUGUGAGAGUAUGCACAAUGCUGAUGCAUUGAUGAAAUCUAUAUGUACGUAUUUGCUCGUAUGGAGCUUGGUUGGUUGGCAGCAUACCGUUUUAAACUUAUAUCGUUUCCAUCUGAUCAGGUGGACAUGUUCGUGUUAAAAUAAUUUAUAUGGUUUACACUUUAAACAAGCACAGUUGCAGUCGAUUUUGCAUAAGCGCGUUAUGAAGUGAUGAUUGCCGGGUACAAACAGAUUGCACCUGUACAUUAGAGCUGAUUUUUUGUGGUUAAUGUCUUCGAAUUCCAUGCCUGAAUACCGGCAAGAUUUCGCUGAUUUUGCGCAAGGAGGUUAAACUUUAUGGAAUAAUGUUGUAAUCGUAAAGCAAAAGUCAAGUCAUCUUUAUCGUCUUCUGGCACUUGUACACCGUAUCCGGAAGGAUUUACCCCAAAACUUGUCAUUUCCCAACAAUCCAGAUUUACAAAACCACCCAAUUUGCAAACUCCUUUUUGCGCUUUUCUCUUUUUUCCAUUCACGCGCACAGCCCUCUUAGUUGGUUUCGGAUAUCGCAGAACUUACUGUCCACUGACAAUGUGGCGGCCAGAGUGUCAGGGCUAACUGAAACCUAGUCCGGAUGCGAAGAUGAAUGUUCCAUCGCGAAAAGUAACAAAAAUUGCGGAAGUGGAGGCCCACUCCACCGCCGUAACAUGUCUCGCACUGGGCCAAAUGAACGGCCGUGUGCUUGCCACUGGAGGAGCGGAUUGUUUGGUUAAUUUGUGGAUUGUGGGACAAAAAACUCCUCUUAAAUCGCUGGCUGGGUUACCAUCAGCUGCGGUCUGUGUAAAAUUCGACCCUACCGAGGAAUCUGUGGUCGCUGGCUCGACUUCAGGCUCGCUUAAAGUGUGGGACCUGGCGGCAGAUAAAAUCAAGCGAACCCUGACUGGGCACAAGUCCGAUGUUACGGCUGUGGAUUUCCUGCCGCUUGAUCCAAAUUUUAUCGUCAGCGGGUCGACCGACUUGCAGGUAAAAAUUUGGGAUCUGCGCCAGAAAGCUUGCGUGAUAUCCUUCAAACAGCACCAGGACUCCAUUAAGGAUGUGCUGUUUUCGCCGCACGGUAAAUGGAUUACAUCGGCUGGGAUCGAUGGCACGGUGCAAGUAUAUCAAUGGCAAGCCGGAAAACUACUUAAGGAAUUCGUGCAUUCACGCAGUUCUCCCGUCUAUUCAUUGGCAUUCCAUCCCAAUGACCUGCUGCUGGCCAGCGCCGGUCAAGAUGGAGUUGUUAAGUUUUGGGAUUUGGAAACUUUUGAAGCCAUUAGUCAAACAGAUAAGGAGACAUCGGCAAUUCGUUGCAUCAGAUUUCAAAGAGAUGGCUCUUCUUUGUUGGCCGGGUGCGAUGAUAUUUUGAGGAAUUACGGAUGGGAGCCUAGCGCGUGCUUUGAUGUGGUGCCGGUUGGAUGGGGAAGGGUCGGAGAUAUGGCAGUAUCAGGUCGUUCGAACCAACUCGUAACCGCGUCGGUGGGUAAAUCAACAGUUGUUACUUACAUUGUGGAUCUCAGUCGCAUUCGUGGGAAAGAUACUGUCGUUGACGAGGCGGAAAAAAUCGAUAGCGGACCGGUGUACAAAACAUUACCUCGCAAAUUAAAAGAUCCCAGCAAGCGUGUAUCGCAAAUCCCAGCCAAACUACCAGCGCGUAGCCGUAGCAAAGAGCCAAACAACCGCAUUUCGUUGUACAAUCUGAAAGCAAAGGAGAGUGCCGUGGACGCCAACGAAGUUUUCGCUCCCACUAGACAGUUGAAUCGCUCGCCUCCGCGGGAUCCGAGCCCCUCCAGUCCCUCGGGUUCCUCGCCUGUCCGUGCUCGCCGGAAGUCGGUGUCGCCAGGACGAAAGACAGUUAAGCCACUGUUUCAUUCUCGAAACCGAAAGUCUGGACCAAAUGUGCAGAUUAUUCGGCCUUUACCGAAAGGUAGUGAGGUGGGAAAAGAUAACGGCAAAAUUAACACUCGGACCUCCGCGCCCAUUUCUCGUUCCCAGAGUGAUAAUUUCGCAUUACCUGACACUGUGAAGAUCGGCGUGCCAUUCACUAAGCCCUACUUUCAUAUUCCUGAUAAUAAUUUGCCGUCCGUGAUAGAUGAACCGUUUGGUUCAUCCUUGCCCGCACAUUUCCGUCCCCCUGUGAUGCCGGUGUAUCCUGUAUCGAAGCAUUAUCCUAUGGAUCAGGAAGCACAGCCAUACGAUACCAGUGAUGUGUUUGCUAUGUACGAAACCAGUAAUCUCAACGGUGCGGCGUUAAAUCGCAUAAGGAUUAGCCACGCGCCAUUGAUCGUUAUGUUGCGCAAUCGCCUGGAGAACCUUAGGUCCAUUCAGCAGAUGUGGUCCCAAGGUGACGUAAAGGCUAUCGUCGAUGGAGUAAUAAGAUUUAACGAUCCGGCCGUAUUGGUUGAUGUGCUCAAUAUUUUUUGCACCAAACCAUCAUUGUGGACCCUCGAUUGUUGCUCGUUGGUUUUACCGCAUUUACACAAACUUAUUUCUCAUAAGUUUGAGAGCUACAUUCUUGCCGCUGUGGCUAUUUUAAAGCUAUCGCUCAAGACAUUUGGUCCGAUCAUCAAAACUAACCUUAACGCUGUUCCGAGUUUUGGUGUGAACAUUUCCCAGGAAGAACGUGUGCAAAAGAGUCGGAUUUGUUACAGCCACCUUCUGCUGCUACGUGAGUUCAUCGAGAAAGAUAGUCGAAAUCACUCUCAGAAUCUGAAAAAGGAAUGCCGGCAGAUUAAGUUAUUGAUGCAGGGACUGGAAUAAUAGCUUUUAAUAAGUAUAUUCGUUGAUCUUAAAUUUUUGAUUUUGUUUUUUCGUUGGUAUUUCCUGAUGCCUUUGUAAAAUUCCUGGAUUUUAUUUGUGGUGCAACUGGGAAAUUUGGUCGGUGUAUUGCAGAUUUUACGAUGCUCUGUGCAAAGUUUGCAUUACUGACUGACCUUUUAAUAUUGAUACAGUUAACUUCUUACGAUAAAAAGAGCACAUGAGAAUAAAAUUCGAUCUUCUCUUUCUG